GUAGGUGGCGGUAAUGCACACCACAAGGUUGCUUGCCAACCGCCAUAAAAAAACAAAAGAAGAAGAAGAAGAAGGGCGCUACUGACCACUUUGGCCAUUUGUCACGUGACAAAGUCCUCGCUUGUUGUUCAGCGACUUCCGCACGUAAUAAUGGAUCAGAAGAUACCCUAUGAUGACUACCAGCUUCCAGUGGUGUUCCUGCCAUCUUAUGAGAACCCACCUGCAUGGAUCCCCCCUCAAGAGCGGAUUCACCACCCCGACUACAACAACGAGCUCACCCAGUUCCUCCCCCGCACCGUGGUCUUGAACAAACCUCCAGGAGCACAGCUUGGCUUCAACAUCCGUGGCGGCAAGGCGUCGCAGUUGGGAAUCUUCAUAUCCAAGGUGGUGCCAGACUCCGACGCUCACAGAGCAGGACUCCAGGAGGGAGACCAGGUCCUUUCAGUCAACGAGGUGGAUUUCCAAGACAUUGAACAUUCCAGAGCUGUGGAGAUUCUGAAGACUGCACGGGAAAUCCUGAUGAGAGUUCGCUUCUUUCCUUACAACUACCAGAGGCAGAAGGAGAGAACUGUCCACUAGGUGGCGCCAGUGAGACGGGAGACAAAGAAGCACUGAGUCAGAAGACGUCACAGUAUGUCAUUACCACACUUCCAACAAUAGGUGACUCACACUAUUUCAUACUUGUACACACUGUGCCAUUAUCACUACUCCACCUUCAAAGUAAAGUCAAUCCCUUCUCAUGUAAUAUAUGUAUAAAAUGUAAAUAUUAGAGUGGCAUAUCAAGACCGCAGCACCAAGUUGUGAAAGCAAAUCUACCACAUGAAGCACAUAGAUGGCUUUUUAUACAUGCAGUUGUAGCAAACAUCAUUUUAGUCGCCAUCCUGUGUUUGCAGUAACCUUUUAAACACUUUUAUUUCCAAUUUCAUGUCACAUUUAUAUUUUAACACACUUAAAGCUUACACCAUUUUUAUAUUGUUUUUAAAGUACUAAGAAAAAUGUGUUGUUUUUUUAUUUUUAAAAUUGCUUCUUUAUCAUGAUAUUGUUUUAUAUAUUUAUCUUUUGAAAUAAAGACACAAGUAUGUACUUAUAUACGUAAGUACAUUAUUAAGAAGUAUGGAUUUAUUGGUCCUAAUUGUACAAUACAUUAUGAAGAAAAUGGCUAAAUGUAGCCAAAUAUAAGACUUUUCUCAAUUUAAAGAAUUAUAUAAGCGGUAGAAAAUGGAUGGAUGGAUAAUCUCAAUAUAGGCAAAUAGCUAAAUUUGAGCCCAAAUUGAAAAUAGAUUUUUUUUAAAUGUCCAAAAGAAAGGAAAAUGUAAAAAAAAAAAAAAGAAGAAGAAUAUCAACAUUUGAGGCAAAUGUAAGAAAUAAUUGUACAAAAGAACAUUUGAAUCAUAUGUCCCUAUAAAAGAAAUACCAAUAUUA